AUGCAUCAUCUCAUGAACGCACUGCUUCUCAUAUGGACAGCCAUCACUGUGGACGCAUACAGCCAAAUUCCACUGCAAACCAAAACAGAAACUGAGCCUCGUCAAGUCGCAAUCAUAGGAGCUGGCGCUGCUGGAGCAUCGACUGCCUAUUAUCUCCGCCAGUUUGCAGACGAUUCAAACAUUCCGUUGAACAUCACAGUGUUUGAGCGCAGCCAUUAUGUCGGGGGCCGGUCAACGACAGUCAAUGUCUUCAACGACCCCAAGUAUCCAGUGGAGCUGGGCGCCUCAAUAUUCGUGUCAGUGAACUACAACCUCAUGGAAGCCGCUAAGAAAUUCGACCUUCAGAUCUCUAGCGCAUCUCAAGACCGCCCGGAGCAGAGCCUGGCAAUGCUUGGCAUAUGGGACGGGGAGCGCUUUGUCUACACACAGAGCCAUUCAAUGACAUGGUGGGAUACGGCCAAGCUGCUAUGGAAAUAUGGACUGGCGCCAAUACGGACGCAGCGGCUGACAAAGCAGGUCGUUGGAAAGUUCUUGAACCUGUACAAAUCACCAUACUUUCCAUUUUCCUCAUUAUCUUCUGCUGUGGUUGAUCUCGAGCUGCAUAAAGCGACAGCUGUUACGGGAGCACAGUUCCUCGAGGCAAAUGGGAUAUCCGGCUCGUUUCCGCGUGAGAUUAUCCAGGCAAGUACUAGGGUCAACUAUGGACAGAAUAUCGGCUUGAUUCAUGGUUUAGAAACCAUGGUAUGCAUGGCCACAGACGGCGCCGUCGCAGUUGAGAACGGGAACUGGCGUAUCUUUUCUGGCAUGCUGGAUGCUUCUAGAGCCAAGGUCGCCUUGAACACCACGGUAACGUCCAUCAACCGCAACGAAGAUGACACCUUGAGCAUCUCGCAUGAGGGAAAAGACGGCAUCUCUUCGAACAGUGUUUUUGAUGAUGUCGUUAUUGCGGCACCAUACCAGACCAGUGGAAUUGAUGUAUAUCCAUCCCUCGGGCAGACUCCCGACAAAAUCCCAUAUGUGCGAUUGUAUGUGACACUAUUUACAUCGCAUCAUCAGGUUUCUGGAAAACAUUUCAAUCUAUCAGACCAGAACGAAGUUCCAGAAAUGAUCUUGACCACACUUCCAGAGGAUUUAGACUUGGAUUCGCACGAAGAAGGUGUCGGGCCAACGGGGUUCUGGAGUAUCAGCCUGCUACGAGUAGUCGACGCCCCGGCAGAAGACGCUGACCACCAACAUCAUUAUGUUUACAAAAUAUUCUCCCCAAAGAGAUUAUCAGCGGAAUUUGUGGCUUCCAUACUAGGGCUCGACGUCCCUACAGCAGGUGAGAACGCGGCAAUUGGCGACCUCCCUAGUCAUGACAUCUCUUGGUUCCACGAGAAAACCUGGGACUCUUACCCAUAUGAAUAUCCUCGCCAAACAUUCGAAGAAGUCAAGUUGGAAAUGUCAUACAGCAGCAUGGCGUCCCCAGAAGACGCCGCCGGAAAGGCCCGGUCGACGAACCGCAAGUUUUCGCUUUCCAAGUCGCUGCAUCGUUUACCCUCACAAAGCGUGCCCGAUCGACUCAAGAGCAACAAUGGCGAUGAUGACCAGGAAGAUGUGACAGCCCCGCCGAAAAGCAUCGGCGGCCAGGACUUGCCCUACAUGAACCGGUCGAUUUUCUCUAUGAUUGCCGCCGCUGGGUCUAGGUCGGACUUUCACUCUCGGUUUGAUGAUUCGAGUGAUAGCGAUGGAGGCGAGGUCACAAAGACAGCCAGAGUCGACUCGUUGAGGAAGCAGGCUGCUAGAUACAAACAGGCUCGGGGCGACCAAGGCACUUCCUUAUCGCAGCCUAUCCUGGAGGAGUCUGAGCAGCAAACACAGUCUCUAAGUGAAGAAGGAAAUAUACAUAGAAAAGGCUCAACCAAAAGCCUACCUCGAUCGACAGCUAGCAUGGUUCGCCGGAAAGCCAGCAGCAAGGGAAAGAAGCCUUCUGAUAUUACGGACCCUAGCACAGACGAAAACGAAACCCCUCUUCCUCCCGCCCAACAAAUAGAAAGCACAACACCCCGUUCGGCUCCAGUGCUGAGUCGUAUGAUUGAAGCUCAAACUCGGUUCGACACGUCGGCAUUGUCUAGUGAAGAGCAUGCGCACCUUGAGAAAGAAGAAUGCGGUCAAAGCGGUGAACUCGAGAAAUCGACAACUCUCCUGUCCAUUAGACUCAAGGAUAUCUUUGGAUUUGCGGGCCCUGAACGUGUUAUUGCAGAGUAUCCAUGCUGGCUGAUGCAAAGCAUCGCACUCCAAGGAUAUAUGUAUGUCACCGAAAAACACAUCUGCUUCUACGCCUAUCUCCCUAAAAAGUCGAACACGGCUAUCAAGUCUGGCUAUCUCAGCAAACGCGGGCGUAACAAUCCCAAGUACAACCGCUACUGGUUUUCCUUGAAAGGCGACGUGCUCUCAUACUUUGCCGAUCCCUCCAACCUAUAUUUCCCUGGCGGUCAGGUUGAUCUACGUUAUGGUAUCAGCGCCUCGCUUUCGGAGAAUCCAAAGGAUAAAGAAGGCCGAGACUUUACGGUUACCACUGAUCACCGGUCCUACAACUUUAGGGCAGACAGUGCUGCAAGCGCAAAGGAAUGGGUAAAGGCGUUGCAGAAAGUGAUUUUCCGCUCCCAGAAUGAAGGCGGAAGGGUCAAGAUCUCUCUCCCGUUAGAGAACGUUAUAGACAUAGAGCAGAGCCCUAUGAUGGAUCUGGCAGAGACAUUCAAAAUCAGGGUGGUGGAUAUAUACGAAACGUAUGCAAUAGACGAGCACUUCUUUUCGUUUUUUAAUUACGGCCAAGAUGCAUUCGACGUACUGAAAGGCCUGAUAAACGGCGCUGCCCAAGAAGCUCCAGAAAACCCCCUAGCGCUGAACGAUAUAACUGAAGGAGAACCCCGCCAGAGGUCGGACUCGGGAACCUCUGACUUUGUCAAAUCGAGAGCAGGCAGUGAAUCGCGUCGGAAGAGUGGGAUCCCCGACGCGACCGCCCAAGAACAACAUAACGACUCCGAAUCAUUCGUACAAUCACUUGGCCAUAGAACAGAGUCAUCUCUCAGCUUGCAGUCGCAUUCAGAUACCGUUGUGACCGCUAGUCAGAUUCUGAACCGGAGCGACGUCUUCCAGUCGCCUACAAUUCAUAGACUACACCAGGCCCCGUCUGCUCCCGGUGAUGCAUUAAGAAAAGAGAACAGAGGCAAGUUACCUGCACAACAUGGUUUCGACGGGCCUGCCAGCAAACAAGGUCGGUAUUUUGGGUUUAAAACAGGUGAAUUGGAACAAAAAGGUGACAACGAAAGCGAAGUCUACAGCUCCUCGGCUCCCUCAAUACACGAGAUUGUAAAGGCAGGCGCUUAUCCGCUCCAGCGGGCGGCUGGAUUUGCUGAAUAUCUCCGAAGCCGAUCUCGACAAAUGAGUAGCCUUUUAGCCACCGAGUCCAUGGGAUACAUUGAGAAGGUUUCGGGUAUGUGGGCUGGAGCAGGGAAACACUAUAUCGAUGGGGAAGACUUGACCACAGACCGAUAUAUUGAUGGUGAGGAUGCGGAAACGAAUGCCUCAUACGGAGACCGAUUUCGCGCUCAUUUCGCGCUUCCACCCAGUGAAAAGCUUCAAGCGACAUAUUAUGGUUAUCUUCACCGCGUUCUACCUCUUUAUGGAAAGAUUUAUAUCGGCAACAGCAAAUUUUGCUUCCGAAGCCUCCUUCCUGGAACCAGGACAAAAAUGAUACUGCCUAUUAAAGAUAUUGAGAACGUGGAGAAAGAAAAGGGCUUUCGAUUUGGUUAUCAGGGCCUCGUCCUGAUCAUCCGUGGUCACGAGGAACUCUUUUUCGAAUUCAAUGCUGCGGAUUCUCGUGAUGAUUGUGCCGUGACGCUGCAUCACCGGCUCGAGUCAGUCCGAUUCCUAGAACAAUCCAGUAUUCUACUUCAAAAAGAUGUGGAUGAGGCAGAUGCUGCAAAAACAGAGCAGCAGUUAUUGCAAGAUGCAAGGAACGGCCCGUCACCUGAAAACUCGCUCGAAGUCCAUCCAAUCUUUGACGAUCCACGGGCGUCGAUUAUCAAUUUCAAACCCACAGAAUCACUACGGAUUACAUGCCUGACCAUCGGCUCUCGGGGUGAUGUUCAGCCGUACAUCGCUCUCUGCAAAGGCUUGCUCGAGGAAGGCCACAAGCCAAGGAUUGCAACCCACGCCGAGUUUGAGCCAUGGGUGCGCAAACAUGGAAUCGAUUUCGCCCCAGUCGAGGGCGACCCAGCAGAAUUGAUGAGGAUAUGUGUCGAGAAUGGCAUGUUUACUUACUCGUUUCUCAGAGAGGCAUCGCUCAAGUUUCGCGGGUGGAUCGACGAGCUGUUGUCUUCAGCGUGGGUUGCUUGCCAAGGAAGUGAUGUCCUCAUUGAAUCUCCCAGUGCCAUGGCUGGAAUACAUAUAGCGGAAGCGCUUCGAAUUCCCUAUUUCCGCGGAUUCACGAUGCCGUGGUCCCGUACACGGGCUUAUCCCCAUGCCUUUGCUGUUCCAGAGCACAAGAUGGGCGGGGCGUAUAAUUACAUUAGCUAUGUCAUGUUUGACAAUGUCUUUUGGCGGGCUAUUUCAGGGCAAGUGAACCGUUGGCGGAAGAUCGAAUUGGGACUUCGCAGCACCAAUCUCGACAAAAUGCAGCCAAACAAGGUCCCCUUCCUCUAUAACUACUCGCCGUCUGUGGUUCCUCCGCCUCUAGACUACCCGGAUUGGAUUCGGGUUACGGGUUACUGGUUUCUGAACGAGGCCUCAGGCUGGACUCCGCCUACGGAGCUUACUCAAUUUAUCAGCCAGGCGCGGGCAGACGACAAAAAGAUAGUCUACAUCGGCUUUGGGUCGAUUGUAGUUUCUGAUCCAGGUGCACUGACGCGUACGGUGGUAGAGUCGGUACAAAAAGCCGAUGUUCGCUGCAUCUUAUCCAAGGGCUGGUCUGACCGGCUCGGGGAUCCCAAGAGUGCUCGUGUCGAAGUUCCUCUUCCACCUGAGAUUCACCAGAUCCAGUCGGCUCCGCAUGACUGGCUAUUCUCGCAAAUCGAUGCAGCGGUACAUCAUGGAGGCGCGGGCACUACUGGAGCCAGCCUUCGAGCUGGGGUGCCAACGAUUGUCAAACCGUUUUUUGGCGAUCAAUUCUUCUUUGGGUCUCGUGUUGAGGAUCUUGGUAUUGGAAUCUGCAUGAAGAAGCUCAAUGUCAGUGUAUUCUCCAGGGCUCUCUGGGAAGCUACACAUAGCGAACGGAUGAUUGUGAAGGCCAAGAGGCUUGGCGAGCAAAUCCGAAAGGAAAAUGGUGUUUCCAAUGCUAUUCAGGCAAUGUAUCGCGACCUUGAAUACGCGACUACUCUCACCCGGCAACGUGCCGCGUUGUCUUCAACCCCAUAUACACCCACAGGCGGCGACGAGCAGCAAGGGCUCGACGGGGAAACCGAAGAAAUCGAUGAGGCCUGGACUUUUGUUGACGACGACACGGAUUUUGAGCAAUUUAAGAGAGGGCAAGACUUGCCCCAGCCUUAA